GACAUCGCGGAAGCGGAAGUAUAAUAUAGAAGCCAAACGUGUGCUUCAGAAAGGCGUGUGCGAAAGCUUUUAUCGAGAAACUUCUAGCACAAGGUCGAAAAACUACCUCGGAGUGUGCAUAGGUCGGUAGAGCGAAGACGCAUUUUGUUUAGACGGGCAAAAUGUCUGGUAUAAGAGAAGACGGUGUACGAGGAGAGAACAUAAUCAGAGAUAUUGGAACUGAUGACGACUGGCAGCCCACAGAGAUCGAGAGCUUGUGCAUGAACUGCUACAAAAAUGGGACGACGCGUCUGCUUCUCACCAGAAUACCCUUCUUCAGAGAGAUAAUCGUAAGCUCUUUCAAUUGUGACCACUGUCAUUGGUCCAACACAGAAAUUCAGUCUGCGGGACAGAUUCAAGAUCAGGGGGUUUGCUACACACUGAAGAUAAAAACAAAACAAGAUUUGAAUCGCGAGGUGGUCAAAGCUGACAGUGCCACUACCAGGAUUCCUGAGUUGGAUUUCGAAAUACCUCCUUUCACAAAAGGCUCAUUGUCAACUAUUGAGGGGUUAUUGGACAGAGCUGUGGCAGGCUUGGAGCAAGACCAGCCCGCGAGGAGAGAGGCUGAUCCAGAGGUGGCAGCUAGAAUAGACCAAUUUAUCCAAAAACUGCAGAAGCUAAAAGACGUCGAGGAGGAAUUUACUUUGGUGAUAGAAGAUCCUUCGGGGAACAGUUUCAUGGAGAAUCCUCUGGCCCCACAGAAAGACGAAGCUCUGACAGUGACCAAGUUUAAGCGGACUAUUGAGCAGGACAAACAGCUGGGUGUACGACCUGACGAUGAUGAUGGUACAGAAGUAGAUGAACCAGCUGCAAAUGACAUUGAUACUAUGAGAAAUGAGGUUUUGAUUUUUGACACCAAUUGCCCUGAAUGCAACAGGCCUGCCAAAACUAACAUGAAACUUGUCAAUAUUCCCCAUUUUAAAGAAGUAAUCAUCAUGGCGACCAACUGUGAUUACUGCGGGCACCGGACAAAUGAAGUCAAAUCUGGUGGGGCAACUGAGGAGCAGGGUACUAAGAUCACCCUUCAUGUCACAGAUGUUUCAGACAUGACCAGGGAUGUGCUCAAGUCCGAGACCUGUGCUGUACUCAUCCCUGAACUGGAGUUUGAGUUGGGAAUGGCAGCACUAGGAGGAAAGUUCACAACGCUAGAGGGGCUUCUUAAAGACAUCAAGGAUCUGAUUGUGGACAAAAAUCCCUUCGUCUCAGGGGACAGUGGCAUCACGGAUAAAAUCCAGAAGCUCAAAGAGUUUGGUGGAAAGAUUGAAAAAGUAAUAGCAGGUGAAAUGGAUGUUCACAUUAUUUUGGAUGACCCAGCAGGGAACAGCUACCUGCAAAAUGUGUAUGCUCCUGAACCAGAUCCAGAAAUGACAGUUGAGAAAUACACACGCACAUUUGAGCAGAAUGAGGAUCUUGGACUGAAUGACAUGAAAACAGAGGGAUAUGAGCAAGAUAACUAAAAUAACUUUUAGAUAACCAAACAACCCAGUACACUUAAGACCCUUCUACAUAAGUUAAAACUGGGUACAAAAUAAGUUAACUUAAAUACUAGUAUAAGACAAGAGGGGUAUUUUAAGUUGUUAAGUUGUAGAUUUAUGUAAACAAAACAAACUUAUAUGCAAAGAGCUUUUGUUUUUACAUCUUGAAACAAUUCAUCUAAAUAAAGCAAUUUCAUUUGA